GGGGGAUCCGCACUUCGCUCCUGUAGUGUCGGCUUUUUUUCUAGUCCAAAAAAUUCAAGAUUUUUGUAAUAGUUCUAGCAAUUAAAGUAUACGAAAUAGGUAGCAUUCAAGUAUAUGACAAAGCAGUUCUGUGACAGUUUUAAACAAAUUAACGGAGGCAAAAUAGUCAAAGCGCCGCAGUACCAGAAGGUCACAAAGGUUAACUCAACCAGAACCGAACAACUGAACCAUGCGUCUAAUUAUCCUCGAUACGGCCGAUUACGUAGGUGAGUGGUCCGCCAAGUACGUGAUGAAACGAAUCAAUGAUUUCAAGCCCGGCCCGGAUCGCUAUUUUACGCUCGGUUUGCCGACAGGAUCAACUCCAUUGGGACUCUAUAAAAAUCUCAUCAAAUUUUACAAUGCGGGAAAAAUCUCAUUCAAAUACGUGAAAACCUUCAACAUGGACGAAUAUGUCGAUCUACCGCGGGAUCACCCGGAAAGCUACCAUUACUUUAUGUAUAACAAUUUCUUCAAACAUAUCGACAUCGAUCCGGUCAACGUGCACAUUUUGGAUGGCAACGCACCCGAUCUGGUGGCAGAGUGCAAUGCCUUCGAGGACAAAAUCAAAGCCGCUGGCGGCAUUGAGUUGUUCAUCGGAGGAAUUGGGCCGGAUGGGCACAUUGCCUUCAACGAGCCCGGUUCGUCGCUGGUUUCGAGAACUCGCGUGAAAACUCUGGCACAGGAUACGCUGGAAGCGAAUGCGCGCUUUUUCGGCAAUGACAUCAACAAGGUGCCGAAGCAGGCGCUCACGGUGGGCGUUGGAACCGUGAUGGACUCGCGGGAGGUGAUGAUUUUAAUUAUCGGUGCGCACAAGGCAUUUGCGCUGUACAAGGCCAUCGAGGAGGGGGUCAACCACAUGUGGACGGUUAGCGCCUUCCAGCAGCAUCCGCACACGAUCAUGAUUUGCGAUGAGGAUGCCACGCUGGAGCUGCGCGUCAAGACGGUUAAAUAUUUUAAGGCUCUAAGUCAAAUUCAUCACAAACUGAUCGAAGACGACGCAAACGAUGUACGAAAGUUCAAAUAAUCGUCUACGUACCUACACAAAGGAUUGCUACAUUUUGGCCUCGGCCAGUGGGGACGCCAUAAGCGGGGCCACUCAGCCCAAUUGACGACGACAUGCAGCAAGAAGAAGAAGAAGAAAGCAACGAUGGCAACGGCACAACAACGACAACAACUACAAACAGCAACUGCCCCAGCAAGUAAACGAUCUUUAUCACCUUUCCAUGUCCAUUAAAUUGGCAUCCAAUCGAAGGUCGUCAUUACCCCUUGGUAGGUGGAUGCCGCCGCCCGGUCUGCGUUCCCCUCGAUCCCCGGCGAGUGUGGGAAGGGAAAUAAUAGGGCAAGCGUAUCCCGCGCGGUCCGUUAUUCGGUUCUUGUACAAUAUAUGCUAGCAAAUCGCAUGCACACACACCUAUGGGGCAUUAAUUAAUUUGUUUCCAACUGCGCCCGGAACGACCCUUUUUUGUCUCGCCCACAGAGUCUGUACGAUGUUCACUCGAAGCUGAUUGAAGGAACGUGAAGAUAGCGUAACGAGCCGCAAAUAUCCCCUGUUACCGUUACCACCACCACACCGGAGGGAGAAAAAUGUCACUCGAAUCCAAAGGGUAGUUUUGUGUUUUAGUCGUUUGUUUGCCAGUUUUCUAUAUUUCUACCAUGCAUCACAAUUAUACAUAUA